AUGUCUAUGUACGAUUUAUCUAAUCUAUUACUAUCACAAAUCAUAACAGAGAUUGAAGAUAAUGUAGAUAUAAUAUGUUUGUUGUUAACUUGUAAAAAGUUGUAUAAUAAUAGUAGUUUAAAGAGAUCGAUUCAGUUUAAAGGAGUAGGAGAAGUUAUCAAUACAGAAAAAGGAGAGGUAUCACAACAGUUUAUAGCAACAUUUAGUCUAUUCAAACUGUUAUCUUUUAAAGAUAUCUUGAAGAAUAGUAUAUCUGAUCAACAAGCGAUAUUUCCUGAACUCGAUCAAAAAGAAUACAAACUUGGCUUCUAUUUAAACAAAGAUGAUAAAAGCAGUCGUAACAUUACAACAGCUUUGGUGCAUUAUUUAGAUGUACCAACAGCAAUAGAGUCUGCCUACAAGAUACCAUCAAUCGAGACACUAUUCAUUGACGACGAGCAAAGUCAGGUUAUCAAUCUUUCCUCUAUCCAAAAGUUCUUACCACGUCUCCAACGACUAUCAGUUAGUGCGGGUGGCUUGGAGCUAGGUCACUGUCCAUCACUCAAGUAUCUCAAACUAGACACGGACACCGCAUUCGCUUUGGCUGACUUGGCACUAGAAAAAUUCGAAUCACUUACAGAGUUGUCAAUCUCUUGUUACUAUGUGUCAAGUAUGGGUCUAUUUCCAAGUAGUCUGACAUCACUCACUUUGGGACAGAUCGUAAUACCUCCAAGAGACACCUUCAUCGCAUUGACAUCGCUCGUGUAUCUAGAGAUUAAACUCAUGUUGGAUAUGUUCGAAGGUGCUGUGAUGCAAUCAGAGAUCAAUCUCUCUCCUCUACACAAACUCGAAACAUUCAAGAUAAAAGGUGAUUGUUUUAAUCAAUCGAUCGAGAUUACUCUGCCACCUUCCAUCAAGGUUCUUGACCUCUUGGUCAGUUGUGAACAAAUCCCAUCUAAAUGUAAACUACUGCUGUUGGAGAAAUUAAAUGUAUCACAAAGCCUUUUGAUUGAAGGUGGAUUCAGUAUGGCGUCAUCACCAUUGCUAAAGGAUCUAGUUAUUACCAAUUGCCAUGUAAUCAUGCCAGCCAAUCUAAUCCCACCAAGUGUCCAAAAACUUGUCAUCGAUAAAUCCUCUGAAGAAGAUAUACUCGGACAAGUUGUAUUCCCACCAUCACUCACUCAUCUAACUAUCAAGGGAGAUUACUGUGAAUCUAUUCAACAUUUACCUGAAUCACUGGUCAAACUCAACCAGGUGAUGACUGAAUCAGUCUAUUCCUCACUUCCAAUUGAUCAUCAAUUGGAAAAACUCAACCUCUUGGAUAUCAUUGGUGACUUUAAGAUUGACAUUUCAUCACCAUCCAUCAAAUAUCUAUCGAUUCCAUUGAAUCCUAUCACCAACACCACCUCAGAUAUUUUUUCGAGUUAUUCAAUCAGUUCGAUGAUCACAACAUUGGAAACCAUCACCAACCAACCAAAACAACAAUGGCUACCACCCAAUACUACCCAUCUAUCUUGUUACCUCAAGAACCAUGCCUAUGAGCCUUUGACAUUUAGAUUAGAUGAAAUAGUCAAUCACACCAAUGUUAGAUAUUUAUCUCUCAUUUUUGACAAUCACACAACAUUACAAUUUUCAAUUCAAAGACUAGACUCUGACAAUAACAAUGUAUUGGUAUUGGAAAGACAGUCAUUGACCGGUGGAAUCAUCACUCAACAACAAUAUGAUAGUAUUAAAUUCUAUUUUAUGGGCAGAUCUUCUAUUUCAUUUCAUUUUAAUUGGGAUUUUACUUCUUCAUCUUCUUCAACUCCAAAGGUUGAACAAUAA